AAAAAAAAGUUCACGAAAAUUCACACCAAAAACAUUUUUUUAAAUGUUCCACCUUUUUAAUGAUAAAAUAAAUUAUGAACGUUCAAGGGGGGGGGGGGGGGGUUGUGAGUUGUAACAUAUUGUAACAAGGGGGGAGGGGGGGGGGGGUGAAAAAAGUCGUUUUUUUGCGUAACGUAAUAAGUGAACGACCCCCUUGUAGUCAGCGGCAUUGAUGACAAUUGUGGGAUGAAAUUUGGUCAGAUAGAAGGGCGUGCAUUUAAUCAAGCAGAAAUUUUCAUUACUCUAGACAUUGAAUCAACAGAAUGUUGAUGGGAAGGACACAUAUUUUUCACUCUUGAAGGUUUGAACAUUUUUAUUGCACUUGGCCUUGUAUCUUGACGUAGUAAUUUCCUGGAUUCUCAAAAUAAUAAUAAGAAUAAUGAACACCGGCAACGAUAAUGAAGAAAGAAAUUAAAUUAAAAUUAAAAAGUGCACGAAGAAUGAAAAGGAAUAAAAAGAAAAAUUGAUUCAUAAGAUUCAUUCAAGAUGUGCGAAAUAGUAAAAGAAAGAUUCAAACAAGAAGAGAGUGGCGCAGGCAGAAGAAAAGAAAAUGAAUGUUGUCGACUUAAUGGAAAGAAACUCUCGGAUGUCUCGACAGUCUUACCGUGGAUUUCGACUUGAGUAGACGUCUCGAGGAAAAUAAAACAAGCAUAAGCAAGCUUAAAUAGAAGAAGUAAUAGACAUAAAGCAAGAAAAUAAAUAGUAAAGAAAAAAAUUUUCAAUUAUUUUGUUAAACAUAGAAGAAAGAUAAGUAGAAGAAUCAUCUACGAGAGUGAGUCAGAUGAAGGAAAAAGUUUUCUUUAAUACAACUGAAUGACUGACUUCAAGAGCAAAUAAAUGAUUUUAAAAUGUUAAUUUUUGAAGUGAAAGAAAAGUAAAAAAAAAGUGAAUUUUAAGUGGACAUUUUAAAGAAAGAGAAUUUAGGACAUUAAAAGUGAAUUUAUGUAAAUUUCUUCUUACCAAUAAUGAAGAGAAUAAUUAUACUGCUUGCGGUCUCACUGAGACUUUCAAUAGCACACCCAACAGCAAUACCGUCAGAUUUGUCAAACGUGCCAGAAACUGAUAGUGAUAAAUCAAGAAAAAUCAUUGGACAGAGUGUCGUGACUUCCGUCAGUGUGAUAAUGAAUGGCAAUGAGGAACCUCAAUUUACUGAUGCAGUUGGAAAGACAGUACCGAGACCAUUUGUUCCGCCACAGGUUGCAAGUCCAAUAAAUUUAUUAAAUCCAGAUCGUUAUGAAUUUUACACAUUUAAUGAAAAGGGUGAGCUUGUAAAAAGGUUGAUGACAUUACGAGAGAUUCAAAGUAUUGUUGCGAAUGGUAACGGUGCAUUGAUUGGUGGUGAUAAUGAUCCGAAUGAAGCUCAAUCCGUAAUUCUUAAUUCUAUUCCGUUAACAAACUCAAAUCACGAUUCUGACACGAAAGUGCAAGACAUAGUAGAUACGGUUCAAAAUGUAUUAAGUCGUGAAAUGGAGAAUAACAAAAAUAUUUCGACUAUUCCACAUGAAUUGUUGGAUACGCCUAACGUCUCAUCGUCAUGGUCGAUGAUUUUGCCAGCAAUUUUCGGAAAUACUGGUGAUGAAAUAUUGCCACAAGUUCCAAUCAAUAUGACUCCAGAAGCUGAAGUAAUUGAUACCACGACAAUAAAACAAACGACUUCGACUAGACGUCCAAUUAGUAAAAGACCUCCAGCAACUACUACUCGUAAAAUUCCCACAACUAAAACUACUUUAGCACCAAAGAAACAAACUACAAAAUUGGAGCAAAAAAUCACUCAAUCCACAACAAAAUUGCCGUCUACAACAAAACGAACGACUGUUCUAACGAAAAAACCAAUUACAUCAAGCACAACCAAGAAACAGCAAACUGUAAAGACAAAACCGACAAAUUCAGCUUUCAGAAGUACAACUAGAAGACCUAUUGUUUCCAUAAUCAAUAAUAUACCAUCGAUUAAAGAUGAUGUAGAUGAAACCACAAAAACAGUAUUAAUUACAAGCCGUCCAUACUCGACAACCACAAAAUUAUCGACAUCAUCUGAAAGUACAACUAGGUCUCCAGUAACUAGAACAACGACAAGAAAGAUCAUUAAGAAACCCACAGCUUCAAAUGUUAGGAAAAACAGCACGACACAAUCUAUACUUCAUAAAGUACCAGCAAGCUCAUUGAUUAAAGAUUCCCAGAUUACAAAGAUUGAAAUGAAGCCUGCAAUGGUCGAAAUGAAGAAUGAAAGUAAUUUCGAGAAAACGACACACGCACCAAGCACGAUUUUAUCAACUCUUUCAAUCAUUUCAAGUACAACACAAAGACCAACAAUGAUGGAAGUCGUAAAAAUAGAAACGUUUGCACCCCCAACGAAGGUAUUUACGAAAGCUCCAUCAACAAUAUUGACAACACACACUACAACUACAGAAUAUGAAGCUCCAAGUAGCUCAUCAACAAUAAAAUUCUCAAGUUCUCGUCCAAUCAUGACUGAAAAGGAAAAGUUUACAACAAUGUCAUUAAUACCAAUAAAAUUAGAAACUUUCACAACAACAGAACAGCCAAAAAUACCCGAAACAACUGUAAUGGAAAUGAUAAACGAAGAAACUACAAGUGUUGAGUUACCUUCAUCUGAAGAAAUCCGUCAAGACCUUGCAAUCAGUCAAAUUAUUGGUUCACUUCAAAAUAAUGAUUUCAAUAUGAAUCACUUAUUCAAACCUUUCAAUAAUGACAUGAAGGAAUCCUCAUCUACAACAAUGGCUUCGCCUCAAGUUGAUGAAAGGACAACAACCAUGCAAAUUGUAGAGCAAGAAUCUGACAACAUAAAUCACGUGCCUGACAAUGUAUUUGUUAAUAAUCAAUUAUACUUGGAUGAGAAAGAGUCUAUAGUUAAAGAUAUUCUCACAACAGAGGCGCCAGUUAUAGAUGAAAUGGCUACAAUAGAAAAUGAACAGACAUCUGAAAAGAUCACUACAACCGUGAAUUCGAAAGAAGAUUCCAUUUCAUUGUUGGAAAAUAACGAAGUUAUGGAAACAAUUGAAAAGCUUUUACUAGAACAAAAUAAGUCGAAAAAUAAAGUAAGUGCUGAGAAACUUGACAUUCUCGGUUUUGAUGAUGACGAUGAGACUGAAAUACAAUUGGAAAAUAAUUUUAAUAAAAAGACAACAAAAACUACAAAAGCUCCAUUAGUCUUUACAAAAAUCACACAACGUUCUACAGAAAUGCCUCCAACAACAACGACAGUUAUGGCUAAUGAAGAAAGUGAAACGACAAUUUCAACAAUUCUAAGCGAAGCACUUUCGAAUGUUAUUGAGCAGAUGAUUAAAGAACAAGAAUUUAGAAAAACGUCUACAGUAAGUGCUGAAUUGCCAGAGACUACAACAAAACCGAUUAUAAAAGUGUCUACAGUCAGUACUACCAAAGCACCAAUAGUAAAAUCAUCCACAACAGUCACAGAAUUACCACAGACGACAAGCAAAACAACGCCUGAAGCUAUAGAACCAUCAUUAGAUGAAUUAAAUAAAUUACUUUAUCAUUAUAAAGAUCUGAGUUCUAUACGAAAUGAAUUAGAGUCAUUAUCAUUAGUUAAAGAAGAUAUGGUCACGACAACAGAAACACCUAUGUCUGAAGAUUUAGAGACGAGUACAUUCGAGACGGUUAAAAAAGUGCAUCCAAUUAUUGAAGAAAAAUCAUCUUCGUCCUUGCAUCAUGACAAAAUUUAUAGCGAAAUAGAUAGUACAACUGUAUCAUCAAUUUUAGAAGAAGAAACCACAAUGACUGAAGAUCCAACGACGCAAGAAUUUACAACAUUUUUCUACGUGAGUGACAGUUCAGUUGAGGAAACAACUGAUGAUAAUCUUGGCGAAUUUACAACAGAACAGUUUGUAACGAGCGAAAAGAGAAUCAGCGAGAGGAAAAAUGAAGCAUUUACCACAACAUUCCCGCCAUUAACAGAUUCUGACGAAGAUAAUGAUACAGAGGAAGAAGAAGAAGAGACACCGGCUGAUCUGGUUUCUAAUGUUUUCGAUGUAAUCGGAUUAUCAUCGAAUAGCGAGGAAGAUGGAGAGGAAGAGAAUGCAAGUACUGAGAAAAAUCUUCAGAUUAAUAAUGUUAAUGAUGCCCCAACGACGGAAAGUGAAGAAAGCGAUGAGAUUGUUAGCACCAUAUCAAAGAUCUCAUCAACACUUGACAAGACACUUCAAACAGACAUAAAUACAGACUUUACACUCACAUCAAAAAUUGCAAAUAGCUUGAUAUCUGUCGCUGAUAGCAUCUCUGAUACAUUAAAUGAUGAUACUGAAAGUGAUGAAAUUACCGAUACACUUUUAAGAACCACAGUUAUUCCAAAAGAACAACCAGAAAGUACAUCAACGCAAAAAGUAAUUACAGAAACAGAAAAUCACGAAGAGGAGAUGAAUUUGCCUGAGAGGAAAAAUGAACAUUUAAUUGAAAUAAGCAGUGAAGCAUUUCAAAGUACAACUAUAGAAUUUCAAGAAGAAAUGACAACGGAAAAAUUUGAUGAAGCACCAACAACAUUGGAAUCUAUAUUGUCGGAAGAAGAUUUGACUACAACUACAGUCUAUAAAGUACCAAAUGCGACAAAGAAAUUGCCAAAAUUUCCUUUAAAAAACAAUAAUAAGCAUAAAGUCAACGAUUCAAGUCCAAUGGUACAAUUGAGUAUAAUAAGAAAGGAAGACUCAUUAGAAGAAAUUAAUAUCAUGACACCGGCAAUUCCGACAAGUACAAAAAUUCCAAUUACAGAGGGAAAUUUUAUUAAAAUUGAGAGCAUAGAUAUGUCAACAAAGAAGAUGAGAACAACGACUUCCAGUCCGAAUAUAAAUGACACCAAAAAUAUAACGCAUGAGAUCGUAAAGCCAAUUUCACUUGCUCAACGUGCGACAACUGCAAAAUCAAGUUCACUUCCUGACAUUGUUCCUUCACAAGCGACUAAACUUUUAAUUGAAAAACAUGAGAGUGGCGAUGAGAAAACGGACGAACCACUAACAGAACGUGUUCCAUUGAUAGAGAAAGUUCCAAAAGAAAUGACAUCAGCACCAAUAAUGAUGGCAAGUGAUGAAAAUUUAGUUCAAAUUCAAGUUCAAACUAAGCCACCGACAACAAUACAUUCAUCAUCAGCCAAAACACCAAUUGAAUUUAAAACGACUGUAUCAACAGCUGCAAAUGUUCAGAGUAUUAAAAAUUCGAUAAAGAAUGCACAACAAUUUCAAGUCCAUACUAGACCAAUUAUACAGACAAUUGAUUUGAGCUCUAGUCCGAAAGAAAAUCUCGGCUUAGCUGCAAGUACAGCUAAUUUAAAUUCAGACUUGAGUGAUUUCUCAAAAUUAUGUAAUGAAUUGGCAUUUACAUUCUGGAAGUCUAUUACAGCUGAUGGAAUAAGUCAGUCACGAAGCGUCGUUAUUUCACCAUUUGCAUUAACAUCUACAUUAUCAAUGAUAUUCCUUGGUGCACGUGGGCAAACGUCGGGAGAAAUGAAUGACUUAUUGCGUCUUGAUGACACAGUAACAUUUAAUCCACACGUUGUAUUCCGUAAUAUCUCUGAAUCUGUUGAGCAAUCACGAAAUUCUGGAAUUGCUGCAGCUGCAUUUGCCAGAGAAUUGUACAGUGAUCGAACGAAAGGAAAGCUUCUGCCAUACUUUAAAGAGAAGGCACAACAAUUUUAUGGCGCGCAUGUUGAAGAAGUCAACUUUAAUGUGGUAAAUGAUAUUUUGAGACGCAGAACUAAUUUGCUAGUUAAAAAGCAUACAUAUAAUAAAAUAAAAGAGUAUCUUAAAACCAACAAUAUUUGGGUCAACGAACCACUUGCUGCUGUUUCGGCAAACAUUUUUAUGACUGACUGUUCAGGAAGUCUUUUCAAUGAGAGAGAUGGAGAGAUGUUCUUCCAAGUUUCACCAGCCAUUCGACAACGACGAUUAGUUCCAAUUCCUGCGGCAGUUUUUCGACGUGGUUUCACAGCUGGUUAUGAUCCAAUUUUGGACGCAACUGCUGUUGCCUUUGGCGAUGAUCUACAAUCAACAAUUUUAGUAAUGCCAGGUCAACAAGGAAGUCUAUCGCCAGGUGAUAAUUUAGAGAGAUUAGAAAAUGCUUUCCUAGAUUCCUCAAAUGAUGUCUGGGGACGAUUAUUGACAACAUUCAUGGACCGUCCAGGACUUGAAGUUCAAAUUCCAAGAUUUUCACAUCGAUCAUUAAUUAAUACAACUUAUGCAUUACAACAAAUGGGAUUAAAAGAUAUGUUUGAUUCUGAAAAGGCUGAUUUGCGUGGAAUUACUGGACUUUCGUCAACUGACUUGUACUUUUCCGAUAUGAUGCAAAUCAAUCAAUUUACAACUUGUGGUGAAGAUAAGAUUGGAGAUUCACAUCAUAUUGAAAUAUAUCCAUCGCCAGCACUGAAGAGAGAAUUUGCAAAUGAAGCAGAAGAGGCACGUUAUGAAAUGGCAUCAGUUGAUGGAACCAUGCAAUAUAAAUCACUCUUUUAUGAUCCUAUUUAUGACUCACGAUACAUGAAUGUUCCUUUGCCACUUCGUCCAAGACAGGCUAGAUUACCAGAAAAUCCUCGACUACGAUUUGAUCGUCCGUUCCUUUAUUUCGUGCGACAUAACCCAACUGGAAUUAUCUUAUUUAUGGGUAGAUUUAAUCCACGCCUUUUGCCAUAAACGGCCUGAGGCUUUUAAGUUUUACUUUAUCCAUGCAUUUAAAGACGAUUUAUUAAAUCACCUGUUGAUUUAUUUACAUCUUAAUGGUAGUUCCAAGUACUUAGUAGCGAGUUUUAUGUAAUAAUAGCAAGUACACACAUUCUCUCUCUAGAAAAUAAGUGACUGAUAAUAAUUUUAUACUUUAAUCCUUAAUCUGAAAUCUCUCAAUGAUACAGCAUGUAAUUGAUUUCAGAUUGACGAGCUUCAUUUAAUUAGAUUUUUUUAAACUCAAGCAUGCAAGCUGUUAAUUAAGUUAAGACGAUUUUUGGUACUUUUAAUUACUUUUAUUAUUUUUACGUAUAUGCAAAAGUCAAGUGAAUAAGUAAAGUUAUAGAAUUAAUAGAAUCUAAUUUAGGUAAAUACAAGUAUUAUGUAUUACUAGAGUCUAGUUGAUAAAAUAAAAAAUUUAAAUAAAAAAAAAUAAUUAAAAAAUAAAUUCAGAUUUUCCAUCAGCUAUAUGCUCAAGAUGAGAUAGAUCUAAGGCAGUGUAAGAAUCUAAGACUUACAAAAUUUCCAUUUCACGCUCAAUGCCGACAAAUUUCAACUGUUCAGUCGGACCGUAACGAUAAUCAAAGAAUAACUCUUCGCCAGGCUGAAUGACUCGCUUAGCAAAAAUCCCAAUUCGAUGAUCUCCGUUAACCAUUAUUACUUUUGCAUAACAGUUUGGAUUUAUGCUGUGAUUUGCGAAACGGAUUUUGUUACCUUUACGCGUUGCAUCAACAACAAAGUCAUUAUUUAGAUUAAAUAAGAAGCUACAAGCAUAUUUAUCGUAGACUUUUCCUCGUCUAUCAGCUUCUUCUUGUGAUAUAAUUUCUCCACAAUAUUCCUGUUAGAAAAAAAGUGUAAAGCUAUUAAGUCAAAUGUCUAAUGACAAAAUAAUUUCUACUUACACUAAUGAAUUCAUUCUUUUGAGCUCCGUCUUUUAAGAAAAUGCCCCAUCCAGCGACAUCCGAUGGAGCCAUUAAUAAAUGUUUACGUAAUCCACGCUGCACGCUUACAUUCUUGCACGUCAUUUUAUUCAAAUGGAAUUGAUGAGCUCCACAUUGACAUAAAUCUGGAUCGCAUUCACGAACAGCCAAAUAGCAAGAACAUUGUUUUGUGUUGCAUUGUGCUUUACAGCGACAUCCAGGAAAACGAUUUGGACAUUCCGAUGAGCAAUUACAGAAUUUUUCACAGUAAUUUGAGCUCUCGUAGCAUGGGCAUGAAGCUUGACAGGGACCACUGUGAUCACACGGUGUAUAAUUAUAGACAUUGUUUGCAUUUGCUUCCUUCCUUGCAUUCUUUCGGAUGUGCAUGGUCCACAAUUUAGUAUUAAUCUUUUUCUUUUGUUGCUUUCUUGGAGGUGAAGCAUUUUUUCCCAACUCUAACGGUUCAAUGUGUUUAAGCUCUUCCUGUGCAAACUCAUAAACUUGUUGACACGAUUUGGUCUGUAGACCUCGAGCAAUAGCACAAUAAUUGUUGAGAAAACAACGAUGUAAUACACGAAAGAAUGAUUGGUCAGAUCCAGUCCAUACUUCGUCGGCAUCUAAUGCUGUAUCAAAUUUAACCAUUGAUUCACUUUUUUCUCUUUUCUUCUCGUCUGCAUUGCUUUUACUCUUUCUGUUUUCAGACGUUGAAGUUUUAGCACCUGGUAAGUGCAUAUAACAUUUUGGACUGCAUGGCUCUUCUACAACUUCCAAUUCUGGACCUUUUCUCUUUUGUAAGUUUGGUCCUGGAUUAGUUGAUAGUCUAUGUAAGAAGCAAUCAUAUUUAAAGCAUCGUCUGCAAAACAAUGCAUGGAAAGAAUGUAAAGUUUGAUCGUGACUAACUGAUUCAGCAUUUAAUCCAUCGAUAUUUGGUGUACAAUAUUCUGGUGGACGAUUUGGAUCAACACUCUUUGUUAAUUCAAUAUAAUUUUGUCUUAGUUCUUCUGGAUUUCCUUUGGUUGGAAACAUUUCACUAAUUGCUUGAAAAAUAUUUUGACUUGGAAAUUGAUCUUUGGAAUCGCCAUUCUCUUUUGCUGGAUCUUGUAAUGUAUUCGAGUCAGAAUCUUCCUUCAUUUCCUUUUCUUUUUCUCUAGUAAGUGGUUUAUUGAUUAUUGGUAUUUCUACAGCUUUUGAUUGAAAAGGAAUCAUUGCUUUAACUAAGUCUACAAACAGCUUAUCAUCAAUAUAUUCCUCGUCAUUAUCGCCAUGAACUUUUCCAUCAUAAUUCUUAAUUAGCUCGUCAAUAAAUUCCGAAUCUUUAUCCAGAACUUCGUCUCCCAUGUAUGGAAUAUUAUAUAGAACCUAUAUAUAGUAAAUCAAACUGUGAAAACAGCAAGUGUAUUAUGAAUGAAAAUAACUUACAGUUUCAUCCUCGACCAUAAAGUUCUGUUGAACUGGAGCCCAGGAACACAUAUUAGGGAUUGGAAUGACAUUUGAGAGGACGUAUGUUGGUACAGACUGCUUAUUUCCAUCGUGAGUUGUUAUUGUAGCUUUCUUCAAAUGAUCUUUAUGCUCAGGAUUAAAAACAUUAUCUUGAAAAGUGCAAUUAAUGCUGUUAAAACGCUCCAGAAUCUCAUCAACAUUCGCUUUA